AUGACAGGCUGGAACUCGCUGCCUCAAGAGAUUCGCAGCAUGAUCUUGGGAUGGGUCGUUGUUCACGACCAUAUCGCGCCCUAUGCUCCCGUCUCGAUAGAAUGGCGGGAUACCAUUGAGAAAAAAAUCUUUCAGCACCUUCGUAUUCACGCUUCCACUUCGGAUGCUCGUGGCAGCACACCGACGGUAUUUCACAGACUUAGCCAGCUGUGUGAUCGACACAGACGACUCAUCAAGCAUAUAUGGCUCAACGUUGAACUUGCCAAGCGGAAUAGUGAUGGGUCGUGGAUUGACCACAAGGAGCAUGCUUACAUUGGUGCUGCUAUAACACGGCUAUUCCGGGCCUUGCAAUUCUGGCCGGCACAGGACGACUUGACGCUAGGCAUCGGUGUGUAUGAACCUAUGAAUGACUUGAAGGAGUGGUUCAGGGGGCUUCACAUUGAAUUUCCCGCGGAACAAGACCCAGAUAUGUCUCGUUUGUCAGAUUCUCAACUCAGAAGCUUGGUAACGGUAUCAUGCACUUCACAACGGAUUUUACUUGGAUGCUUCGCCUUCAAGCUACAAGUCUGUCCCUCUGUCCGAGCUGUGACAAGGUUUCUUCUUCCUCGACAGUGCCAACGUCGACUUGCGCCAGCCGCUCUUUCCUGCGUACUCGAGCGACUUCCCAGGCUGGAAGAGAUUUGUCUUGAAAGUUGGGAAGCCUCAGGGGUUUAUGCAGCCGAUUACCUAGACAGGUAUGAAAGAGACCUGUUCUUACGACCUAGUCACUUCAAGAAUGUCAAAUCGAUGACAGUUUUCCGAGAUCGUAAUGAGUACUUUAACACGGUAUAUCGUCGCCAAGAAGCUGAGUAUCGGCGCCGUUUCGCACUGGGCGCGACUCAGCCAGACCAGAGUUUACGGGAUCGACCAGCACUUGCUCGAGAAUUCGCUGUAGCAAGUCUUUCCCUAGAGAAUCUUUCCGUUUCUUUCAUCGUUGACGCCGUCGACUUCUUUGGCCAGUGUCAAGAAAACUGGCUCUGGGCCGGAUUGCGUUCCCUUACACUGACAUCCCGACAUCUCACCUGUGACGGUGACUCUUCCGAGAUCCAUGGACAGUUACAAAAAGCUGCGCAAAUGGCCAAGCGCAUGCCAAAGUUGGAGAGGCUGAUAAUAUGGAAUGGUGGAGCCAAUGAAGCGUGUGCCUUUACAUAUCGCAAGCAGCAACACAGUGCUUCAGUGACGUGGCAGGCAAAGGAGGGUACAAAAUUGAAUCCCGCAGUGUACAGUACUUGGGAAAACAUACAUCCUGGAUGUUUUCUCCAUUUCAGGGAAAAGCAUACUUGGCAUUCGAUUACUUCCGAUGCCGAUGCUAUCAUGUGCUUGGGGUUGGAGCAUGUGGUGGAUAAUGUGUCAUUGGGACAGAUGCAGCUGGGACAGAUGCAGCUGGGGGAUAGUAUGCCUUGGGUGAAUUCCUGA